AUGAAUCAAAUUAACUCCAAUGCCACAGGCUGAUUCACGGUGCAGCAGUGUAAUAUUUGAUGAUAUAUUUUGAUUUCUGGGUAUAUCAAUAGAAAUCUUUUGUUAUAUUCAAUUGAUAUUGACUCUUUCUCAAUAAUUUCUAGUGCAUUUACAAAGUAUAAAAGAAAGAUCCUGGUAAAUGCAGAGAGGAGAUUGUAUUUGAUUGAGUCUAAGAAUGGAUCAAUUUAUGAGAGCAAAAUUGGAAGCCUCAUUGAUUGGACACAAAUUGCAAACUCAAUAAUUGAUUUUAAUCCUUCUCAAGUAUAUUGUUUAUACAAUAAAGGAGCAAUAUAUAUAUAGCUGUUUAUAUCUUAUAAUAAGACACACUAUGCCAUGGUUUACUAAAGCAGCCUAGCUGACUCUUCUCGUGAUAAUUCUCGCUAAAGGUAUUAGUAAACUAUAUCGGGUGCAUUGACGAAGAUGAUGCCUUAUAUAUACUUCAAGCUUAA